GAGCGGAGUUGGCCUUGUCAAGGGUUUCAGGGUGGAAUUGACUUAGCCUCUCUCUCUCUCUCUCUUAAAUAGUUGACGAAUUAACGAACACCGGAAACGGAAAUUCUCAAUUGGAAUUUCUUAGCACUUUGAGAGUUUGCAGUUUGAAGCGAACUCACAGAACUUUCGUAUAUAUUUUUUGCCGAUCAUGACCACCGAGUACGCUCCAAGCACAUCACGGACAAAUGCCAACAACUGGUGCUGCAUCAUGGACAAGCCGAGAGUUGAGGAAGCUGCCGGCGAUGCUGGACCAUCGACAUCGCAUCAGUCGACGACGCUGUUCAAGUGGCUGGCGCUGAACAAUCAGCCCGCACUGGAAGAUGAAACACCGCCAGCCAGUUUCUAUGAGGUGCUGGGCAACGCCGAGGUUGCCUUCCACUGUGCGAACUGCUCGCGGCUGCUGCUCAGCCUCGAUGCGGAUGCACUGCAGCGCACAAUUGGCACCCAGACUCAGGUGCUGAGGCAGUUGCAGCUGGGGCAGGCGCAGACUCAGACACAGUCGCAACUUGGUGCGCUACAGAAGCAGACGCAAACGGACCGGGAGGCCAGCGAAGAGGAUCUGGCCAUGCAGGCUCAGCUCGAGUGGCGACUUCAGCAGCUGCAACAGCAGCAGCAGGAUGAUCGCAGCUCUUUGUGGCCUUGGCUGAAGCAACUGAACGCUUUUUGGUCGCUACUGAAGACGCUGCUCAUCUGGAUCUCGGUGCUCAACGGUUGCUAUCUUCUGUGCCGUGGCCUGUGGCAUCUCAGCAUCUGGCAGCGUCCGCUGAUGGUGCCGCCGCCAUCGAGCUCGUUGCCCGCGCUCCUCUAUCGCAAGCUGUGCGCUCUUGCCAGGAAGUUGCACAUCAUUUGAUAGCAGCCGCUCCUGGUAACAUUCCACACACAGCAGCAGCAGCACAGGUUCGAAAAUAGUUUAGUUGCUAUUUAUAAACAAUAGCGGGCAAAGCUCGCUAUUUUAAGCCGCGUUCCCGAUCGAGAGACAGCAGAGAUAGCACAGCACAGCACAGUUUCCCCCAUUCCCGGUUUGUUUUACCUCCUCCCCCCAGCCCACCUAGAAUAUUAUACAGUCAACAAUAACAGCGACUUCUGUAGAGAGAUUACCCCUAGGCAUGUUCUAAACAUAAAUUUCAUUGUGUAUCCCGACACCAACCACGUUGAUAACAGCGUUGACACCAUCUCAAAUUUACGGUCAAUACAUCUCUCAGACACCUCUCUCUGUCUCUACCUCUCUCUUUUUAUUUCUCCUCCCCUUCUCUCUCUCUGUCACCAUCUUUCAUUAAUCUACUGUUCUGCACAUCGAAUAUACAGUGUAUGUAAAACAGCUCAAUAAAUACGACAAUUGCACAUAAUAACAAGAAAAGUUCGCUUCAC